AAACAAAUUUUAUCCCGUUGAAACACCCUUAUAGAGAUACGUCUCAAUCCAGAGUCGGCCACGGUUUUCGGCUGCAGUGACGAAGAAUGAUCGAGGAUUGUUCCCAUCUGUGUUUCAAAGUACAACAACUGAGUCUUAAGAUCAGCUUUUUCCAGGCACUUUGUCAAGUCUGGCUCACUUCGAAGGCUUCUCAUUGUAAGGCGACCGUCUUUCAUUCACUCAACAUCUUGCUACUUGAGUAGAAAAAUAAAGCACGCCGUUUAUCCUUGUGUUUCUUUCAUGAAACACAGUACCCUCAUUUCAGUUCCGUCAACCGAGGCACUGUCGGUUACAUACAUAUCUAUGCUCUUCCGUUCGCGAAUACUCUUCUAUCGGAAGCUGUAUGCAUAUUUGUACGUUCAUGUCUGUGCCUUGUGGCGCAUCACUUUGCAACCACUCCAAAGCACGUACAUAAGUGCGUACAUCUUUAUCAUUUGUGAGUUUUUCUGUGUAUAGAUCCCAUGUAGGAACAGGAGCGAGAAGUUGAAUACGUCCGAUGUCUACUGUGUGUCGGAAACAGGGAGCUUUGGUGGCAGAGAAAUGCACAUGAGCGUCAUUUAAACGAUGGCAUCUUCGGCUUGUCGCGUUCGCCUUGUCACGUGUGGUCUAAUACGAACCAGCAUAUCCUGCGAAGCCGGAGAGGCGCUGACAAAACGCGCCCCUCUCUUCUAUUGUGUUCCACCAACAAAAGCGUCUUUUCGAACCCUGUCUCCUCCUUCGUCAACGGUUCUGUCUUCUUCAUCCCUGUCACCGUCGUAUCCUUUGUAUCCUGUAUCUUGUGCCUCUUUGUUUAUUUCUGCUGGUCCUUCGCUCCUCAGCACAGUGGGGAUGUGUCCGAAGGCGUGGUCGGAAGCUUUAAUUUCGAGAAGCAUGCAAAACGUCAGAUAUGCGUCUUCUUUGCCUCAGUUUCGCGGCAUUUUCCCGGCUAAAAGUGUAACCGAAGUCUACUUCGCGAGGCCGGAAGAAGGUUUGCCUCUUCUUCGCUGUCUAAGCAUGUCUGGUGCCCUCCUUGAGGGCCCUUCGUCUCUGCCGUUUCCUCUCGACCUAGGCGUCCGCAUGCUAAGGGUGAUGAUUCAAAGUCAGGUUUACGAUUCCACGUUCUACGACAUCCAAAGACAGGGGAGAAUUUCCUUUUACAUGACCUCCUUCGGUGAGGAGGCUUCUCUCGUUGGGAGCGCCGCUGCGCUACACAAAGACGACCUUCUUCUUCUCCAAUACCGCGAACUGUCGGCUCUCAUGUGGAGAGGCUUGACACUCGAUGAUAUUCUGGCACAGCUCUUUGCCACCAAAAAUGAUCCUGGGAAAGGCAGACAAAUGCCCGUACACUACGGAGCGACGAACGUAAAUAUGAUGCCCAUCUGCUCCCCGCUGGCGGUUAAGAUUCCUCAGGGUGCAGGGGUUGGCUACGCGUAUACGCUUCAAAAGAAGAACGCUGUGGCGGUUGUCUAUUUUGGUGAAGGUGCUGCGAGCGAAGGCGACGCCUCCGUCGGGUUCAACUUCGCUGCAACGUUGGGGUCUCAGACUCUCUUUCUUUGCCGAAACAACGGCUACGCAAUCAGCACACCAGUGGGAGAACAGUACAAGGGAGAUGGAGUUGGAGCUCGGGCGGUCGCCUACGGUAUUGACACCGUUCGCGUAGACGGAACUGACCUUGUAGCCGUGUAUGCGGCGGUAAAGGCAGCGCGAGAGCUCGUUGUGGCACAGCGCAAACCUGCUUUCGUUGAAAUGAUGACCUACAGGAUAGGUCACCAUUCUACAAGCGAUGAAAGUGGUGCCUACCGCUCUGCGGAAGAAGUGGAGCAAUGGCAAGCCUCGGCUGCUCACCCUAUUCGUCGGUUCGCAACUUUUCUCACUAAUCAGGGCAGGUGGAGCGCUGAAGAGGAAAGCGCACUUGUGGUGGAGACGCGGAAGGAGGUCCUGGCGAAAAUUCGGGUCCACGAGAAAAUGAAACAUCCGCCUGUGCUCUCGGGCAUUUUUUCCGACGUCUAUAGCACGGUGCCUCAGUUCCUACGGGAGCAGCGGGAGAUGCUAAAAGCAUUUUUAUCUCGGCCUGGAAGGGCAGUGCAGUACAAUUUAGAGGGCUUCGAGAGAGACAGUGAUGACAGCUGCAAAUAGAGCGCGCGAAUUGAAGGCGAAAAACCAAAACACUGUUGUCGAAUUUUUUGUACACAAAGAGGGGGGAAUAAAGUGGGGCCUCAAACGAGGAACAACAGCAAAGGGAUGCAGGGUGCAGUAUCUUGUUGUUUUUCCUUUUGUUCGGCGUGGAAUAACUGAAGUCGAGUUUUUUAGGGUAGAGGGAAAACGUGCAUAUCAGACUAGCUUUUUCUAGUUUGUCUCUGCCCCCCAGUAGCGCCUCUUAUCUCCGUAUGUCUAGCGUAUUUAUCGAGCAACGUCACUGUAGCUAUAUACUUGGCUAUACAUACCUGUUUUUGAUGAUUGCGCUGCAGCUGUACAUAAUAUAUAUAUAUAUAUAUUCUUGCCUGUCCCAUUGCGUAGAUUUGGAAGGUCCAUGCAUUCGAGAAGGUGUCAUGUGUACAUUCUUGUGUCGAUUUGGCCAUCAACAUAUUCAUUCAUAUAUUAUUUAAGACUACAGGCAUGCUCCCACCCCACAUGCAUUUAAUUUUGAAUCAAUAUUUAUCUGUCCGACUGCCUAUCCACUUUUAAUCACGUGUGGGCUUCCGCGGCUUGGCCUGCCUAAGGAUUUACGUAAUGGAUACCACAGGGUAUGUGUUCCUCAAACGAGCGAACACCAACGAGACCGUUUAUCGUUUUUCUGAGUGUCCAUGGUGUCUAUACAAGGAACAGGACACCUACAACGGUGGUACUCUUAUAAGAUCAAGGAAUUCAAACAGGCAGGAGCCACCCCCUGCCUCAGCAGCCAGUUGAAGUCUCAGAGCGUGUCUUUACAUUUGCGAGUCGAAGGAUUAUGGUGACACUCCAUAAAUGCUGACGUGGGGAUAAACGGUUUCAUACAAGUGACGUUUCAUCGGGCAACCUCUUCAUACGCACUAUCGCUCUCGAGGCCCCAUCGAUCUCGCGUGGCGUCGCUACUUGCGACGGGCUGUGCAAGAACAAAUGCUCUCCGGCAUCCAUUUAACAAGAUCUCUCGAGCA